AUGAAGUUCGGUACAAAAAUUAGCACCGAUUUAUAUAACGAAUGGCGACCAUUCUAUCUCGAUUACAAUCACCUCAAACGUGAACUAAAGGCUCGUACAACCAGUCACGGUUGGGGGCCGAAAGACGAGCAAGAGUUUACCUUGCUGCUCGAGAAAGAGCUUGACAAGAUUCAUGAUUUCCAGAUGUCAAAGGCGCCUAAAACGGCCUAUAUUCAGACAUCUGAACUCUCUCGCCGUAUUCGGGAAGCGGAGAAAGAUGUUAAGCGUCUCGUGGCAGAGGAAUUGCAGUCAAACAGGGAAGGCGAAACUUCUCCCCCCGGUUCUCGACCCGACCUUGAGAGCCAGCAGCAUCAGGAGGAUCCUUACGCGCACGACGGUGGUUCUGAUGAUGACCUAGAUGAUGAUGAUGACGGAAACGACACUGACGAAUCCUUUGAAGCCCUCGAAGAUCGUUUUCACGGUCUUGAGGAAGAAGUAGCCAUACUCGUUGCCGAUGUGCACGACUUGGCUCUCUACACCAAGCUGAAUAUUACCGGCUUCAUGAAGAUCUUGAAAAAACACGACAAACAAACCGGAAUGCAACUCAAAACGUCUUUCAUUCAAGAUUACCUGGAAAAGCGACCCUUCUACAAAUAUAAUUGGGACGCACUCAUCGUCAAGUUGUCCAAGUUGUACGACCUGGUGCGGACGAGGGGGCACCCUAUCCAGGGUGAUUCAAGUGCAGGAGGCAACCAAAGUGCGUUUGUCAGACAAACAACGAAAUAUUGGGUACAUCCGGACAAUCUCGUGUCACUCAAGUUGGCCAUCUUAAGACAUCUACCCGUCUUGGUUUUUAAUGCCGAGAAGGAGUUUGAACCAAAGGAUUCUGCCAUCACGUCAAUAUACUUCGAUAACGAAGAGCUCGAACUUUAUUUAGGCCGUCUGGAGAAAACUGAAGGCGCAGAGGCUAUCCGGCUUAGGUGGUAUGGCGAUAUUGACAACAAAACUAUUUUCGUCGAGCGUAAGACACACAGAGAAGAUUGGACCGGAGAGAAAUCCGUCAAAGCUCGAUUCCCUCUCAAAGAACAUCAAGUCAACGACUUUUUGCGUGGAGACUACACCGUCGAUGUCGAUUUCCAGGCUCUCGUGAAAAAGGGUAAAAAGUCUCAGCAGGAGGUGGAUUCGAUGAUCCAGCUUGCUAACGAGGUGCAGUAUGCUGUCUUGACGAAGAAGCUUCAACCUGUGAUGCGUUCGUUCUACAACCGAACUGCGUUCCAACUUCCUGGCGACGCCCGUGUGCGUAUCUCCCUCGACACAGAGUUAACCUUGGUCCGCGAGGACAAUUGGGAUGGCCGGGCUCGUUCAAAAGAUAACUGGCGUCGCACAGAUGCGGGUAUCGACUUUCCCUUUGAACAAGUCCCUCCUGAAGACAAGGAGAUAUUCAAGUAUGGCGUACUGGAGGUGAAAUUGCAGACCCAGUUUGGCCAACAACCACCAGAAUGGGUUCAAGAGCUCGUUCAAUCCCAUCUUGUCGAAGCCGUGCCUAAGUUUAGUAAAUUUAUACACGGUUGCGCCACUCUCCUUCCAAAUCGUGUGGACUUGGUCCCAUUCUGGCUUCCCCAAAUGGACGUCGAUAUUCUGAAACCAGAUACCGGCUACCUCAGCGUGAUUGAACGGCCAUCUACCAUCGUCAGCAAAGGCACUUCAAGACAGAGCUCCGCUGGUUCUCACUCUCCUUCGACGCCCUCCUACACAGAGCCUCUGUCAGAAGGUGAAGAGGAUGACGACGCCGACCUUUCAAUAGCGAAGGAUGAAGACAAACGCACAGGUCUAAGUGGCGACGAAGUCAAAGCCGCCAUAGCUUUCCGUGAACAGAUGCUGAAGGAGAGACGAGAAGAGGACGAAGCGAAGGGCGUCACGUCCAACUUUGAAGCCGAGGGAAACAAUGAGGAGGACGAGUCGCCCGAGACUAGCGAAGUUGGUCGCCGUAGAAAGCCCAAACACCAUCGCGAGAAGUCUACUAUCUCAUCCACGUUAAAAACCCGGACGUUGUCUAUCGACCCAUUGGCCCCGUCAUCUGCGUUUGAUGAAACGUUGAAGACGAAGCUGAGGGGUGCGAGAGACGCCAGGCGAAGAGCAGAGGAGAGUGGGAAUGGAUAUCGUGAUAACGAGAACAACGAUGAAGGUGGAAAUAGCGAAACGGAAGGCGAAAAUCCCGCACUUGGCGGGAUCAAACCCGGUGCGGACGACCGUAUUUUGGAACGUAACUGGUCUGCGCCUGCUGGUAAAAAAAUCGCAGUCCCUGUUCGCAUAGAACCGAAGGUGUACUUUGCUGCGGAAAGGACUUUCCUUAAAUGGCUUAAUAACGCUGUCUUCAUCGGCUCUAUUGCCACAACAUUGCUAAACUUCAUACCCCCAGACGACCCGCGAGGUUUAAUCAGUGCAUGGUUCUUCACCUUCGCCGCGUUGCUCUCUAUCGCUUAUGCUGCGGGUAUCUUCCUCUAUCGGUCGUACAGACUGCGGGAACGACGUGCGGAUGGGUUGUAUUACGAUAAAUACGGACCCACCGUAUUGUGCUUUGUCCUAUUUUUGGCCCUCGCAACUAACAUCGGAUUACGGGCAUCGGAAAUGUUAUGAAGUCGACCAUAGAUGCGGAAGUGUUGUUCUUGUUUAUUGGCAUCUUUGGGAUGGGCACGUUGGGAGGAUGGACUACCUUAAUUUCUAGUUUCCCCAAAUAGUAUAUAGGUUUGGUCCAACUCUUGUAU